UUGCCGGGGAAUGUUAUUGAGUUCUCGACCUCGGCUGUCAGCCACCGAGACGCGUCCCAGGCCUGCAGCGAGAAGGACAGUCACAUGGCGGACGUGAGAAGCGAACCACAGGAACAGUUCCUGGCCAGCACCAUCGCGGCCACCACCGGCGUGCCCAACUGGCUGGCCAUGAAAACUGCGCCGUUACCCAUGCUCUACAGUGAUGGGACUCCUUUUAUGGGUCCCCUACAUUGGUUGGAAGGCGAACCUUCGUCGCCGGUGGACAUGUGUGUUCUCCUGGACAGCUCCAACAGCUACCAGGCAAAAACUGUUUUCUGCACGGAGCAACACAACUACAUUUGCCAGUCUGCUCUGAAGUCGUGUGCGCCAAACGUGUGUCAGAACGGCGGAAACUGCACCUCCUGUUUCGGCGGCUCCACCACCUUCUGUGACUGUCCUGGGGGGUUUGGAGGAAAUCUCUGUGAAAUCAACAUUGACGAGUACGCUUCCAGCCCGUGCCAAAAUGGCGGGAUUUGCAUUGACGAUCUCAACACCUACCACUGCAUCUGUCCAACCGGUUUUCAAGGGGACAACUGCGAGCUAGACAUAGACCUGUGUUCCCCCGACCCGUGUCCAUCCGGUUUCACCUGUCAGGACGUUGGGUCCUCCAUCUAUUGUCUUGGCCGUUCCGUCGCCCGGGGCCUGCCGUACCAGUGCAGCAGCGCCUCCUGUCCGGAUGGUAUGAACUGCAUCCAGGAGGGUGUGGCGGCCUUCUCCUGCAGACCUGAGUGACGUCACCAUUGGAGCCUUCCACGUGACGACGACCAGCCAAUGGCUGACUUCAUGCGUGAUUAGGAAAUGCGUUGUUUCCUGAUUUGUGGCCUAACUAGAGAUAGAAGCACCUGGAGAUAGACGACGUUAUGGAUGAAUAAAUCUUGUGCAUGAAAAUCGUACAGUUUAUGUCUAUUGUUUACUCGGGCUUUUCAUAUACAAUUGUGUAUAUAUAGUAUCACCUCUCUUCAUACAUGUGCACGCAUCUCAAACCUGCCGUAUAGAGCUAGUUCCGUGAAUCCGUAAGCGGAGGUUUUACCCCAGGGUUGGUCCCUGAUAUUGUUAG